AUGGAUCGUGUAAAAGAAUAUAUACAUCGAAAAUCGAGCGUAAGAGGUACCGUUCCUUGUCACCAGGUCCGCCAAGUCCACCAUCGAGAGAAAAGAGAUAUUGGGAAUGUCCAGGCAUGCAAGAGACACGCAUUUUCUCAAACAUCGUUUAGUACAUCUUCUAAACUUCGCUACAUGCCUCGUAUCUUGAUGAGGAAAUAUGUGUUGACAUCGACAGCGUACAAGUUCCUGGACAUUGGGAUCGUUAUGGGAUCUAUAUCUCAUGUGCAAAUUGUGAUUGGCAAUAAUCAAGACAAUCGCAUGUUUAUACCUUAUGCUACGUGGAAGACAUUUAUCGAGAGGCUUGCAGAUAUCGAGCGAUUAAUGCAGUCAACAGUCCCAUCAUCAUUACCGAUUCAAGAUCUAAAUGUGGAAGAUCUAUGUUAAAAUAUAUAUGAUACGAAUAACGUGAAAUUAAUAUUAAAUGGCACAUGUUUGUACAUAAAACCAACAACUGUGCUUUUCUUAUUUGAGCUUGAGCAAUGUAUUGAACAUGUAUUCUGA